UAUAGCUGCGUUCGGAAAAAAAAGCAGCCGUGUUUGCUAAUAUGAAAGCUAAAGAAAGCCUGAUUAGUAUUAACAUUACGCGUAUCGGUUAUUUCAUAUACCGUAAACCCGGGAUCGUAAAUGCAGCGUUGUCUAAUUGAUCGUAGGAAUUAGAGUAGUGAUAUGAAUGUAAAUGGCAUCACUACUCCAGAUGGGGACAGUCAGUCUGUCCCCCACCCUUCUUCUCCUCCUUAUCCCCAUCAACACCAUGAGUCCAUCAUGGAAUAUGACUACUUGUGGGCUGCAAAUCAUUACAAUUCUGCCAUGGGCUCUGACACUAGUUGUGAUACAGGUCGUGAAACAAUCCAAAAACAGCAGCAACAUCCUAAUGCCUUUCAGGGACAAUACCCACUCAACAAAACAACUGGGAGUUCUGAGCUGCCGCCGGUGACAAGGGAACAGUACUUGGGGUUAGAAGUUCCUGGCCAACAACAAGGUGGGAUGCCUGUGACAAUACGCUACUCUCAUGGCAUGUAUGGUGUUUAUCCAAACCAGGUGCACACUGGCAUUUCACUAAUGCAGCAUCAGCAGCCUCCAACAGUGCUUCAUCAACAAGAGCACCAGCAGCAACCCCCAUCUGAUCAUCUGCAGGCACGGCAGGAGCCUUAUGACCUAGUGCUAAAUGGAGUACCCUGUUAUCAGUCUCAGCAUGCAUAUCUGUCUUCUGAACAGUCUCAGUCCAUGACUUCACUAAUGCCUACUGCACAGAUUUUUACCCCUCUACAAGGAAGUCCACAGCACUCUCACAUAAACCACAGGAAGGCUGACAGUUCCAUGCCAGUGCAGUUAUCAGUAAUGUCACCUCCUACAAAGCAUGGUCAUGGUUCCCCUCAGAGAAAGCAGAAUCCAGGGAGCAGCACUGUGGCCCAUUUCUCCGGGAUUCAAGUCUGUAGAAAUAAUUCCCACCAAGUACUGGAUCAAGAUUACAGUGGUACUAAGAGGACAACAGCCCUUCAACAGCCAUCCACAAGUGACACUUUCUCUGUGAAAGCCUCAGGAACUUCCUUAGAACCCACUAACGACCAUAAUUUACAAGUCCAACAGUCACUUGUGAAUACAGAACCUGCAAAAGUGUGUCAUGACAUGGAAACCACUUUCAAGGAGUUGAGUCCAACUCCUGUCCCUAUCAUUCCACUAUCAAUGGCAACAGGAUUUCCUCAAAAUACUUCUGAGCCCACUGUCGUAUCUCCUCAAAGACUAUCAGCACAUGCUUCCAUUGUACCAAAUCGUGGAACAAGCACCACAUCAGCAUUGGUCUCCACUCCUCAAUUACUCACCACAUCUCCAUUAAAAGUCCAAACACCAAGACCUCAUGUGGUUUCUUUGUCUCCACCUAUUGUUACGGUGCCUGGAGCACUUUCAACUUCAAUAUCUCCUAGUCCGCAAAUAAGUCACGUCUCCAGUGUAUUGUCUCCUGGCAUAUUUAAAGUAUCUCAGAACCAGUCUUUUGCAUUACCUUCCAAGAUAAGUCGACAUAAUGCUUUUUCACCUAUAGUGGAGAACCAAGAUUCCAGGGGUCUACAGGUUACUCAGUCAGCUUUAUCUCAAAGUACACAUCAUUCCCUACUCUCUGGGCCUUCCUCCUCAUUUGCACCUGCACAAAGGGUUUUGGGAUCUCCUCCAAAAUUCCCAGGUCCUCAAACCAUUUUUUUGACUGAUAAAGCUGUUGAUAAUUCUAUUCUUUGUUCAUCCACUACAUCUUCUUCUUCAGUUUUUUCUAAAAAAUGUCUGUCUGCCCAGAAAUUCUCUGAGCUACCCCUUGCUGAAACUAAUACAAAUGUAUUAUCUUCUUAUAAGGGACCUGGUCAUACAGCUUUUCAUGAAUCAGCCCAGCAGACCAUUGACAUGUCAUUUUCUACUAAAAAAAACAACAGCAUUUCUGAAGUUAGCUGGACUCACCAGAAAGUCAGUGUGACAAGUUCAGUGUGUAAACAGGAAGGCCACACACAUCACUUGAAUGAAGCUCUUAAUAAAACCCCAGAGUCAUCUUUGAGCAUUCCUGCUAUAAUUGAACCAGAGAAGGAUUUUUUACUAGUAGUUAAAAAUGAUAGAUGCAGCAGCAAGGAGCAAGCCAGUCCUGGCAAAGGAAAUGAUAACCCCACAAAUGAUGUAUGGGAUACAAAUACUAAGAAAUGCAUGUCUUUGGCUGGAAUAGUUUGUGUAAAUAGGUCUGAUGCAGUGGAUUAUUCUGAGUACACCCAGGGUGAAAGUUUCUUCAUAUCUGGGAAUCAGUCCAUCAGCAAAUGCAUUGCAGAUAUAUUGCCAGAAAAUGACCAGACAGACACCCCUUAUGAUAAUGAUGCCAAGGAUUUGACUGCUGGAAGCUCCAAUGACGCAGUGCCACUCAAGGAUAAUUCCAAGAUCCACAAUUCCUUAGAUGACACUGCACAGCCUGAAACUUCAGAGAAUUUUUCGUCUUUUAACGAAUUCUUCGAUAAGUUUAAUAAAGUAGCGGACACAGGAGGGCAGGGAAGCGCUUGUACAGCUGUUGUAGACCCCAGCCUGCCAUUGCCUACCACUCUGUGUUCUAAAACGGAGAAGGCGGCAUGCACACUUAAGAUCAAAAAAGGUUCAGCUUCUCCUUCUCAAAGUUCAAUACAAAACAUAAAAAAUUCAGCACAUAAUGCUCCCAAAGUGAAAAAAAGGAAGGGUAACAAGAAAAACGACGAAAAUUUGCUGUUUGCUACGAAGACAAACAAAAAUUCCAAAGAUACUACUACAAGCCAGGUGCCUGAUGGAGCUUCAUCAUGUCUGCUCAAAGAAGAUCUUAUCAAUGACGUGUACUUGAGCCAAAAUGUUGCCCAUCCGGUUUCAAAAUCUGGAAAUGUGAAGAAGGCCAGACCAAAAAUAGUUGCUGGAAAGUGUUUAAAGUCAUCAAAAAUCAAAGUUAUUUUGGAUGAAAAAGUGAAGAACAGUGAUGACAGCACCAUAACAGGUGAUACACCAAAGCGAAGAAUUGCCUCAGAAGAGCAAGUCAUUUUCCCUCUCAUGCAUGGAUGGAGGCGAGAAAUUCGUGUGCGGAAACUUGACAACCGACUGAAAGGAGAAACUUGGUACUAUACACCCUGUGGGAGAAGGAUGAAACAGUUUCCUGAAGUCAUUAAGUACCUGAAGAGGCAUGAGGAAAAUCUGAUGGGAGUGACCAGGGAGCACUUCAGUUUUAGCCCACGUAUGCCUGUGGGGGACUUUUAUGAGGAGCGAGAAACACCUGAGGGGAAGAAAUGGUUUCUCCUGGCCAAUGAAGAGGUCCCAUCCAUGAUUAUGGCAAUAACUGGCAGACGUGGUCGCCCUCCAAACCCAGACAAGGAAGUCAAGCUUCAGUCUAGAGCUCGUCAGCUCAAGGGUGCCCAGCGUAGGCGUCCUGGCAGACCUCCUAAAUUGAAAUUUGUUGAUCUACUGAGCAAAAUAGAUGCCAGAAUGCUAAAGAGACUGGAGGAAAAAGAGGAGCUCACAGAGGAGGAUAAAGUUAAAUUGACCAAGAUCAAGAAGAAAAUGAAGAAAAAGGCAAGACUGAAAAGGAUGAAAGAUGCUAACAACAGGAAGAUCAGGCAGGAGAAACUAAAAGCUAAGUCAGAGAAUGGCAAAGUGCCUGUGCAUGACGAUCAAGCUCCAUCUUCAGACAAAGGCAUCUACGAGUCUGUCAACGAUCGACCAAAGCAGCUGUGUUCUGAAAUGGUAUGUUCUAUGAAAAGAACAGCAGGAGCCCGUAGCAAAGCUAAAGCCCUGGCUAAGGCUAAGGCUGAAGCUGAGGCACAACAGCAAGCUGCAUUGGCAGCUAAGAGGCAAGCAGAGAGAAGGGCAAAUGCCAAAAGACGCUUGGAGGAGAGGAAGAGGCAGCAGAAGAUCAUAGAGGAGUUGAAAAAGCCCACUGAGGACAUGUGCCUCACUGACCAAAUGCCUCUUCCAGAAUUGUCUCGCAUCCCAGGACUGGUUUUGUCAGGUGUUGUCUUCUCCCACUGUAUCACAGUGGUAGAGUUCCUGCACAGCUAUGGGAAGGUGUUGGGUCUUCAGGUGCCUAAGGAUAUCCCAAACCUGACCACUUUGCAGGAAGGUCUACUUGGACUAGGCAAAAGCCAGAGUGAACUUCUUGACCUGCUAAUAAAUUUGGUCAGUGCUGUGUUGCAAGAUCCUGGUUUGCCAUCAUACUACCAGUCAGUGAAGAUCCUAGGUGAAAAGCUGGUUGAUCUGGAACUGCAUCACAGCACAGUGUCUGAGGUGCUCCGCAUCUUUCUGGAAUCCCAUAGCUUUGACAGGGAUAUUUGCAAUAGUCUCAGAACUAGAAGCUUCGAAACCCUGAACCCUGAAGUUAAGGCCUCUAUCUUGGCCUUUCUGGUGGAGGAGCUCAAUGCCAGCAAAUCUGUCAUGAAUGAAAUUGACAAGACACUGGAGAACAUGACUACCUACAAGAAGAACAAGUGGAUUAUUGAGGGCAAACUACGCAAAAUAAAGGCUGCUCUAGCACGCAAAACUGGCCGCUCUGAAGAGGAGCUGGGUUUUGAGGACAGAAGGCGCAGUACCCGUGUAUGUUUGGCUGGAGAUAGCUUUGCAGAUAGCAGCUUGCUGGAGAAUGACGGCUCUCACCAACUUAAAGAUGAGCUCAAAAUGUGUCAGGCUGAAAGUUCAUUAAAUUCAAGUGUUCCUGAGCUGGAGCGACAGAUUGAAAAGCUAACCAAGCGGCAGGAUUUUUUUCGUAAGAAGCUGCUCCAGUCAUCACAUAGUAUGCGAGCAAUGUCACUGGGACAGGACCGGUAUCAGCGGAGGUACUGGCUACUACCAAAUAUUGGUGGUGUGCUGGUAGAAGGGCCAGAAGAAAUCUUGGCCUCAGAAGACAUUCUGAUCAAGGAUGAACCUAUACCUUUUGUUGACAGAGAGGUUAUGUCUUUUUUGAAGAAGGAUAACAUAAUGGAGCCACAUCUGUCUUCAGUGCGUAAUACUACCAGAACGCACCUACCUUUUUGCCUUCACCCUUCCAACAUCCCCCCUCCCCCCUCCAUUUCACCUCCUGCAGAUGCAGAUCCUCUUCCAGGUGAGGCUUCUCUCAUGAGUAGCUCUCGAGGGUGGGGCCGACCCCGCAAAAUUAGACCAGAAGUGGAACUCCAUUUACGCACAGUCAAGAAUCGGCGUCGCCGCCAAAAUAAAACAGGAGCAGAGAACAGAAAGGGUGACAGCCAAUCAGAAGACUUUACAAAGGAGCAAACAGAUAGGAGACUGAUGUCACCUAAGGAGUUAUGCACAGAGGAUUCGCUUAGCCCAUGUUCAUCUAUAUUAAUGCCUUCUAUUAACGAGACUCCUCUUCCUCUUGGUACUUGUCCUCACCUUAGACCAGUCACACUGGCAAAGGUUCCCAGACCUGGCAGGAGGUGCAGGAAGGGUGGAGGUGCUGGGUGUGGGAACUUCGAGGCAGAUUCAGUGAAACGCAGUGGCAGACCAUCUUCCUCUCCCUUUCAGGAAAAGGAGCAGAAGUAUUUAAAUCAACUAGUGGUUAAGCCAAUUCCAAGGGAGAUGGUGAAAGGUUGGUGGUGGAUCAGAAAGCCUGCGGAACUUACGGCAAUUUUGACUGCUCUUCAUCCCCGUGGUAUAAGAGAAAAGGUUCUUUGCAAGAACCUUACCAAACACAUGGAAUUUCUGACUGCAUACUGUACACAACCCAUGACAGAUCCUAUCUUUCACCUGAAGAUGGAGGAUGAUAGAGCCUUGCUGGAAGUGGCCAAGCAGCCAUGGGUAGAGCAGAAGCAUGCCCUGCAGAUUGACAUUAGCAUCCUGCAAAUGGUGGAGUAUCUGGAGCAAAGGGUGCUGGGUGCUGACCUGCAGCUUAAGAUUUUCACUGCUCCAGACCUCGACUCUACCAGGGAAGACCUUAAAUAUUGCGAACAUGAGGUGGAUCCCAGCGAAGACUGGAUGUUGAGGAGCAAAAAAGAAAGGUGGGAUCUUUUGCGUGUGCCCACAAACCCCCUGGAUCUGGCUGUGAUGCGCCUUACCAACCUGGAGAGAAAUAUUGAGAGGCGCUACCUCAAGGGGCCACUGUGGAAUCUUGCUGAGGUGGUGCGCUUAGCUCCUCUUCCAUGCCCAAAUGAAGGAGAGGAGAUUGACCAGGACAACCUCAGUCUAGAGAAUGAAAUCACACCUAGGUUAAGAACUUGGAGGCAGGCCUUGGACCGGUGUCGAAGUGCAUCGCAGCUCUCCCUGUGUCUACUGCAGCUGGAAAGAGCCAUUGCCUGGGAGAAAUCAAUCAUCAAAGUGACAUGCCAGCUGUGCCGCAAGGGUGAUAAUGAUGCAUGUCUAUUAUUAUGUGAUGGCUGUGAUCGUGGAUGGCACAUGUUCUGCCUGAGGCCGAAGGUCACUCGGGUGCCAGAAGGUGACUGGUUCUGUCCUGCCUGCAAUUCUCAGGAACCCGAUGAAGAUUCCCUGCCAAAAAAAUCAGCCAGACAAAGAGCAAAGGCACAAAAACGACGCCCCCCUUAUGGAGGAGAAAGGUCAACUGAGAAGUGUCGAAAUGCGCAGAACAUGACAUCACGGCAAAAAAAUGGCCUCACCCCCUCCACUGGGACAAGCUACUCACUGUCCAAACGCAGACGCAUGGCUACACGCAACCAGCCUGACCUCACAUACUGCGAGAUCAUUCUUAUGGAGAUGGAAGCCCAUCCUGAUGCCUGGCCUUUCCUAGAGCCUGUCAACCCCCGACUUGUACCUGGGUACCGCCGCAUCAUUAAAAACCCUAUGGAUUUUUUAACAAUGAGGGAAAAGCUUCUAAAGGGAGGCUAUUGUACUUGUGAAGAGUUUGCAGCAGAUGCUCAACUGGUCUUUAACAACUGUGAGCUCUUUAACGAAGAUACAUCAGAGGUGGGCAUGGCUGGACACUCCAUGAGACGUUUUUUUGAGAGCCGCUGGGCAGAGUUCUAUUCAAACGUUCUAUAAAAUAUAUAUACUUUUUUUCUUUCAUUGUGCCAUCCUGUUUUUUGUAUAUUGUUGCUUAGGGGCAUAGUAUUAAAUUAGAAUUCUUAAUUUAAUUUCUUUUAAAGAAAAAAAACAUAGGAACUGAGGCGUAUAGCACACUGCGGGUAAUUACUUAAUGAUGCUAAAAGAAAAACUUGUUUUUUUUUUUUUUUAAAUUGUGCCAUCACACUGAAAAACAACAAAAUGGACUGGGGUGCACCAUUAUUAAAAAUGCCUAAUUAUACACCACUUCUUCAUUUCUAUUUAUAACUUAACUGUUUCAUGUUUGUUCUUUUGGAAAUGAUAAAGGUAUGUACUGCUUCUCUGGGAUUUUGCGUACUAUACUUAAUUUAUAAAUUUUUACUACUACCUUUUAUUAAGCACUAUACAGUUAUAUCUUAAGUUUCUUUUUCAGAUAUAUUAAUUUUAAUCAUGCAGCCGAAGUUGCAACAAAUGUGAUCAAGUGACAGAAUCCCAUUACCAAAUAGAGUGCAUACUUUGGCUCUCCAAAUUGCGAAAAAAAACAUAUAAUAAAUGUGGAAUCAUUUCAGUCAGCAUACCCUCACCCUGAAUUUGUGCUGCUUUACUAACAAAAAAAACGUUUUUGUCCAAUGUUUUACACUUAACACCAGGACACAGGAUCAAUGCUUCUGCUCAUCUGGGUCAACAUUACAGCAUUGUCAGACAUUCAAAUUAUCCAUCCGUUCAUCUUCAACCGCAUAUCUAAAGUCAUGUCGUUAGGGUAGCAGUUCCAGCAGGGAACCUCAAACUUCCCUUUCCCCAGCCACCUCAGCUAACUAUGACUGGGGAAUCCCGAGGCCGAGAUAUAAUCUCUCCAUCUACAGUAGUCCUUGGUCUGCCCUGUGUUCUCCUUCCAGUAGGACGUGCCAAGAACACCUCCCUAGGGAGGCGUCCUGGUGGCAUCCUUACUAGAUACCCGAACCACCUCAACUGACUCAGUUGCAUGCAAAGAGUUUCUCACGGAUGACUGAGCUUUUCAUCUUAUCUCUAAGCAAAAAGCCAGAACGGAAUCCGCAUUGUUCCUCGUCUGAACCCUCCUUUCCAGCACCUUAAAGUGCACCUCCCCAGGGAGGCUGAGUAGUGUAAUACCCCUAUAGUUGGCACACACCCUCUGGGCCCUCUUUUUAAAAAGGGGAACUACCACCCCAGUCUACCACUUCUUAGGCACUGUCCCAGGCUUCCACGCAAUGUUGAAGAGGCGUGUCAACCAAGGCAGUCCCUCAACAACCAGAGCCUUUAGCAUUUCCGGACGGAUCUCAUCAAUUCCCGGGGCUUUGCCACUGUGGAGUUGUUUGACCACCUCAGUGACCUUGCCCAGGUUGAUCAAUGCCAACCCCCAUCAUCCUCCAGUUCUGUCUCUGCAAAAAAGGGUGAAUUUGUCAGGUUUAGAAGUUCCUAAAAGUGCUCUUUCUACUGCCUGAUUACCUCCUCAGUCAAGGCCACCAGGUUCAAGGGAACCAACCUUGCUGUACACAGCUUGGUUGGUUUCCCGUCUCCCCCUCCUGGAGUGCCGGAUGGUUUUCCAGAAGCACCUUGGUGCCACCCAAAAGUCCUUCUCCAUGGAUUCUCCAAACUCCUCCCACACCCACUGCUUUGCCUCUGCUACUGCUGCGGCUGCUUCCUUAGUUGGUCAGCUUUCCUAACCACAGGUGUCCCCCACACUGUUUGAGGGUUACCGCCCCUUAAGGCAACCAGAAGACCACAUCUCAAAGCUGCAGCUUUAGCAAUAGAAGCUUUGAACAUUGACCACUCUGAUUUAAUGUACCCAGCUCCUACAGGGAUGCUGGAAAAGCUCCGCUGGAGAUGCGAGUUGUAGGCCCAUUUGUCCAAUUGGACAGGGGCCUCCCCUAGACGUUCCCAAUUCACCCGCACUUCCUGUUUGGGCUUACCAGUUCUGUCCAGUGGCCUCCCCUGCCACCUGACCCAACUCACCACCAGAUGGUGAUUAGUUUACAGCUUUGCCGCUUCUGCCGCCUGGGUCUGGUUCGUCGAGGCCCUCGGCCUUCACUGCUACCCAAAUAAAAGCGCCCCCAACCACUUUGGUUUCUCUCAUAGGUGGUGGGUCCAUGAGAUGGGGGAGAACAGGGGUCCACGUUGCUCUUUUGGGUUGUGCCUGGCUGGGCCCUGGCCACAAGACGCUCACCAGACGCUCGCUGAUGGCCAGACGUUCACUGAUGGACACUUGUUGACGGCCACGAGACGCUCGCUGAUGUGAGUGCCUGGCUUCAGACAUGGGCCCUGGGCUUCCUCCGGGCAUGGUCUUUUUGCUCCCUCCUCUUUUUGCUCCCUCCUCUUUCAUGGGGUUUUUUAAACCAUAAAGUAUGGUUAGUCUGGCCCCACGCCUGAGACCACUUUGCGUUGGGAGACCCUACCAGGAGCACAUGACUCCAGACAACACCACUCCCCGGUUCAUGAGGGCACGCAAACCUCUCCACCGCAAUAAGGUGAUGGUUCAUUAAAUCAGUUAAAUUUUAUUUAUAUAGUGCUUGUUUAGCAAAGGACAGCUUUACUGGGAAAAAAAUCUGGAUAUAAAUUGGAAAAUUACUUUAUAGCUUUAUUAUUUUAUCCCAAACGAGCAAGCCAGAAUUGUGCUAUCGAUAACAGGAAAUGCAUUUUAAUUUUUAUGAGAUCCAGUUUGUUAAGACUACUCUUUGUUCUCUCAUUUAUGGCAAUUAAAGACCUAUAACUAUUAGAGCAACUGCUGUCAAUUUUAUAGCCAUCUUCAUGGUUUCUAAGCGGAGCUGUACUUGGCAUGAUUGGGCAGGUCAAAAGAGCAGAAGGAAUCAGGUUAAUUGCUAUCAUGUGUAGUGGCAUGAGUAGCUCAAUGAAGGGGGAGGGUGAACUCAGCUACCUACUGUACCUGAAAAUGACUGUUAUCCCACUAGUAGAUUUUUCUUCCCUUAUGGCACAGGUACUGUAUAUUCCAAGGCAACAAGCUUAAGAAAAUCAAAAUUAAGCUCAAAUACAUUGUAUAUAUAAUAUUCUAUGAACAUAAGACACAAUUUUUACACAUGAAUUAGCCACCGCAAAGUUCUGACCCUAACCUUGGAAUUUAGUAAAGAAGACUAUGGAUUGAGUCCACUGUCCCAUCAUCUAUACAAGAUAUCAGCCAAAAUUGCAACCAUGGAUGGAAAUACCUGUUGUGAUGGUGCAUAACAUUGUCAAAACAAUAACGAUGAAAAUGUGCACUGUAAUCAAAGUGACACAUAUUUAUUUAUUUAUUCAUUUUUGACUAGCUAGUGUGUUAAAUUUUGAUUAUACACAAGGAUGCAGAAAAUGUGUAUUAGCACUGUAAACUAUGUGAACCUUAUAUAAUAUACUGCCCUAAGUACCUAUCAAUUGAUGGUUAAAGUAUUUGUAGAAAUAGUUAAAUUUAGACAAGCUGAUCAGCUUUAAUGUAAUCAGUGAUAUUAUUUCAGGUUGAAGCCCAUGUAUAUGUCUGCCUAUCCUUCUGUAUGGCAGAACCUCUGCUUAACUUGUUGAUUCAAAGAAAUUACAUUUUGUAAGGUUGAGUAACUUAUGCCUUUUUUUUAAGUUAAAUUGUACUUCUUUUGUUGUCAGCCAAAUACUUGUACACUUGUACCCUGUUCAGUAAUCAGAGAGUGAAUCACAGAUAAGAAAUCCUUAAAAUACUGUAGAUCGGAUAAAGAUUAUGUUUUCUUAAAAUGACACCAGCUCAUUAAAAUUCACUUAUACUACUUCAGCACUUUUAUUUCACUGGUGAAAAUACCAAUUAAUUUCAGUAAAAAUAUUAAGUUUAUCUUUUCUAAUUACAGUGGAACUUUGGAUUGCGAGUAACUUGGUCUGCAAAUGAGUUGCACAACGAGCAAAAUUUUAAAAUAAAUUUAACCUCGCUAAAUAAGCAAGGUCUUGAUAAUCUGGAUAUAUAUAGGUGCAUGUUUAUUUCUUUUAAUUUUAAUGCUUAUGGCUUACAGCUAACAAAAACCCAAAAUUCAGUAUCUUAGAAAAUUAGAAAAUUACUUAAGAUGAAUAAAAAAAAUUUAACACAGAAAAGACUACUAAGAAGUAUGAACAUGUACAGCUCAAUACUUGGUCUGAGCUCACUUUGGAUGAAUUACUCCAGCAAUGUGCCGUGGCAAGGAGGUGAUCAGUUUGUGGCACUGCUGACAUGUUAUGGAAGCCCAGGUUGCUCUGAUCGCGGCUCUUAGCUCUUCUGCGUUGUCUGGUCUGGUGUCUCGCAUCUUCCUUAUCAUGGUACCCCAUAGAUCUUUUAUGGAGUUUUGGUUGAAUGAGUUUGCUGGUCCAUCAAGAUACCAUGAUACUUAAACCAUGUAUUAAGACUUUUGGCAGUGUGGGCAGGUGCCAUGUCCUGCUGGAAAAUGAAAUAUUCAUAAUGCCUUGGAUUCUGUGCUUGUCCUCUCUUCUUCCAGACACAGGCACCUUGAUCUCCAAAUAAAACGGGAAAUUUACUUUCCAACAGUCCAAUUCUUUUUGUCCUUAGCCCAAGUAAGACAACUCUGACAUAGUCUCUGGUUCGAGAGUGGCUUGAUGCAAGGAAUGCGACAGUUGUAGCCUAUGUGGUGGAUCUUAAAGCACUGACUCCAGCUGCUGUCCACUCCUGUUGAAUCUCCCUCAAAUUUUUAAAUGUUUAGUUUUACAAUCAAUUUAAGGCUGCGAUUAUUCCUGUUGUUAUCCUGCGGUUAUUUCAUUUGCGUUUUUAGUUCAACUCUAUUGUAGGGAUUUUACCCAUAGGUAUAUUUUUAAAAGAAAUUGGAUGUCUUUAUUUAUAUUUUUACACACUCUGCACUUCUUUAUAUUUACAAAACCAUUAGCAGAAAAUAGACACAUUUAUACAUACCUGCCCACUAUCAUGAUUUUUGCAUAGUGCACAAUUUGCUUGUAUAAAUUUAAAUUUUAUUUGUCACAUCCAGAGUCAUACACAGUACGAUAUGCUUGGACAACUGCCCGUGACCUUAUAAAAGACUGAAUAGAAAGUAAAUAUAAAAAAGAAAACAGAAGGUAAAUUUAACUAAGAAAGAAUAAAAUUAAAUAUUAAAUUAAAAUAAAAUAACACAAUUGUACAGUACAAAAAAUACAAUAUAAGAAAAAUAUAUGAAAAAAUAUGGAAAAUAAGAAACAGCUGUACAAUACAGAGAUAUAGACUUUAUGGACUUUUUGUGUGGAAAUGAAGUUGAAUAUAAUUUAAAUAUACAUUGUAAAUUUUGAAUGUUCACUGAAUAAAUCCAAACAUAGCUUCUUACUGCCUAUAUAGAACAAAAAUGCAGUUUAAAAAUGUUUUAUAAAUGGACAGUGUUGCCAUUGUUUUAACAUUCUUUGCCAUGUGCUUACACUGUUACCCUGCCCUGGUACAUGCCCAGAAGCAAUUUCUUUUUAUUUUUAUCCCAAAUGAAAGUCAAAAGUUUAAUUAGUCUUAAGUCAUGAAUUUUGUCCUAGGCAUGUGUAUAGUAUGAAAUAAUGUGGGUUUUAAUGUGCAUGAUCAGAAACUUAAAAACAUGCUGGUUUGUGUAAAGUUUUUCUUAACCCCCAUAUCAUCCAAAUCACUUCAAACUUGUCUUUUUUGUUUGUAUUUGUACCUGCAACGUUAAUAUUUGUGCUUUGAGAUAUUAAGAUUUAAAUUUUGCCCAAAUUGCUUUUAAGUCUUAUUUGUUGAGCCAUUGUUUGUGUAAAAAAAGUGAUUUGAAGUGAUUAAGACGAUAAGAGGAAACUAAAUAAAAAAGAAACCAUUCAAAAUCAGAAAAACUGAAUAAGCACAAAUUAUUAUUUUGCAAGCACAUAUGAUGCACAAACAAACUAACAUGAUUUUGUGAAUUGUCUGAUUAUGUCGGGGCCAGCUUUACACAGUUUGAAUUUUGAGACUAAUUAAAUAUUCCGUUUGUGCUAUCGACCAGUGAUAAUUGUCAGUUUUACUUAAACCAGUUACUCUGGCAUUAACCUGGAUUUUGUACAAAGAAAAUGUAGCACAAGCAACCUUACUUUGAACAUUAUUUUCCUCCUCCACCCAUCGCCAUAAAAUACUCCAUCAGCUCAGAGUUGUGCUGAGAUUGGCUAGGAUUGAGCUCAAUUAUAGUGUGACUCAUUUGAUCUUUCACAGGGAAUUUCUCUAUGUGGCUCAGCUAACAUUUUUCUUUACUUUUUCAAUUAUCAACUGCUUAAAUUUGUCACAAAUCUAAAACUUUUUUUAAGUAUAGAUUUCUAUUUGGUUUCAAUUCUAAACUUGAUAUUUUCAGGCAUUUUCAGGCAUUCAAAAAAAAUCUAAGCAUUUAAAAUCAAGUUUUGUUUUCUGCUGAUUUUAUUCCAUAAAACAGUAGGUUAUUAAGUAGACUAUGUACUGUAGGUUAUUACUCUGUUUGGGAGUUUAUAGGGAUUCACAUUAAUCAACAACAGUAGUUUAAUUCAGAUUGCUGUUUCCAUUAGCAUAUUUUUUAUUGGGUUGAAGCAUUUUUGUACAAUGAUACAAUUUAACACCUUGUUCAUUGUGAGCAGAGGUACACAUAUUGGAAGAUUCACAUGUGGUGUUUUCCCAUCUGCUCAUUCCAUUGUUUAGUACCUAUAGCAAAGUUAUCACCUUGUGAUGCUUUGCCUAUAAAAACUGAAGCUGCUUAUUUUUUUGUCAAGUUAACUGGCCUGGGUGGCUCUGUCAGGCCUUUACUUAUAACCUGUUACUUAACCUUCUUCUCUAAUCUCUUUCACUGCUGUCCACAAAUGCAUUUUUUAUGAACUACUUAGGAUUUGUACUAAAUUUGUCACAAGUUUCAUGAUGCACUUUACCAUGCAGUAAGAGACAGCACUCAUAAUUAGUGCAAAUUGCAUACUUUAUUAAAAAAGGGAACCCCUCAUCCAAUUGUUAAGAUGACUACUUAUUAAGGCCAUUAGAAUUAAAUUUUAAGGAUAUGAAUCACUCUGUAUUAAAAAGAGUAUCACAAAAUUCUGGUACUGCUCUUUACUGAGGAUUACUAAAUUACAGUUUUUUUUUUGUUUGUUUGUUUUUCCUGAAAAUAAGAAUUACUCAGAGAUUUAUUGCUAAGUUUUAGCAACUCUUUUAACUAAGAAUACACUUUUAGCAGUGAUUAAUAUGGGUUAGCUGGGAACAAGACAUCUAACUUUAAAAUGAGCAUUAUGGGAGGUCACUUAAAUGCGUAGUGAAAUCGGGGAGAAAUAUUAGAUGUUUAAUAAUAAAAAUAAGAGCUUUUGUAACAGUGCAAAGGGACCCCAAGGAAUUGACACUAAACUGCUGAUUAGCUUUAAUAAAACCACUUAUUAGUGCGGCUUAUCAGACAAAAAAGGCUUUUUAAUUUAAUAGGGAUCAUAAAGAAUGGACUGUGGAGCAUUGUAAAAGGUCAUGUGCACCAGGAGCAAAUAAGGUUAAGAGCUUCGCUCAAGGGCUCAACAGUGACAACUUGGCGGUGGAGGGGCUUAAACCCUCAAUCAGUAAACCAGAGCCUUAAUCAUCUGAGCAUUGCAUGCACAUUGUAUGAAAUAGCUUUGCCCUCUGCUGUAGUUUUUAUAAUCUGUUCAUAAUUUCAGGCCAUAAAUCACUAGCAGUUUACUCGGGUACUGUGGUCCAAGACCAUUUAGUGCUUUACACUGUAAGACAAUAGUAGUAUUUUCAAAAUCAGUGUGAAAUGUCACUGGGAGCUAAUGCAGUGUGGAUGAGAUAGAAAUGAUGCGCUUUUAUCUUACUAGCUUUUAUCUGAUACUAGUGAGGACUCUGACUGCUGCAUUUUGGACUACCUGAAGCUUGUUUAUGUUUGUGUUUAAACAAACACAGGUCAUGCUGUAACCUCUCGCAGCCGGAGGUCUAGAGAAAGCUGAUUGGCCAAAUUCUUUCAGAGGGGAGAUAUUUAAUGCUCCCACAUUAAUCACGGCUCUACAUCCAAUCAGGGGUGUCUGUGAGCUCACGUGCCCAAGCAGUUCGAAAAGAUGCGGUUGGCUGGCGUCACAUGGUUCAGAGAAAACACCUGAUAGUCUUCCGCCCUCCCGACUGACUGGUAGUAAUAGUCUUAUUGUAGGAGCCUACUAGUGAUGAGGAGGAAUUGGAUACCAAAAAAAAUAAAUAAAUACAUGGGAGUUAGAAUCAAAAAAAUCUCACAUUUGGACUCAUCAGACCAAGCCAAGGUUUUUCACUGACUCUAGGUUAAUUUGUCUUAUUUUUACUUUACAGCAGUGAUUCCAUCAGUUUGCGCUCACCCAAGUCAUUGGCGAUGUGAUUAGCUUCACACACACAGUGUCUGCACGUACAAGCAGAAACACUUACCUGUCAGGAUUUUUUACUUUAUAUUUUGUAUAAAUAAUUUUUUAUGUAUUUAUUUUUGUUGGGCUGUGGAACAAAUAAUUUGAGUUUCCGUUAUUUCUUAUUGGGAAAUUCACGAGUGUUAUGAAAUACGAGCCCACUUCCAGAAUGAAUUAUAUUCGUAAUCAAAGGUUCCACUGUAAUGAUUCCUUUGCCACAAUUUAACAAUGAUGGGGUGCUGUAAAUCUGCAGUUUCCAAGGCUGGUCAUUCUAAUAAACUCGAUCUCUGCCGCAAA